AGUUCAGUAUUCGAGCAAACUAACUUACACCAGUUCUUUUUUCCAUGCCACGGGGCUGCGGUCGUAAUGAAUUUGAUAGCAAAUGGCUUACAACUACUUCAAGUUAUUUCAUACGCUUCGGGAGUUCCUCCCUUAGUUAGAAUUGGUGCCAUAUUUUCAAACCACGCCGAAAAGUAUACUUCGGAAAUGGCAUUUAAAUACGCUAUACAUAGGUUAAAUAUGGACCAAAGUCUCUUGCCAGAGACUACCAUGGAUUACUACAUCGAACAUGUAAACCGAUUUGACUCUUUUGAGACAGUUCAAAAGGUGUGCAAACUUAUAAAUGUUGGUGUUCAAGCUGUUUUUAGUCCAACUGAUACGAUUUUGGCUACUCAUAUUAAUUCAGUUUGCGAUGCCUUGGACAUACCAAGUAUAGGCCGGUCUGUCCAUGACUUCUCACUGAACGUGUUUCCAUCGCAGCAAUACGUAAAUCAGGCAUUUAACGAUGUAAUUCAUUAUCUGAAUUGGACCCGCUUCGGAAUUUUGCAUGAAAAAAAACACGGAAUUAUAAAUUUGAAACAGCUAUCCCGCUCUAUUCAAUGUGAAGUGCACAUGAGACAAGUUUCUCGAGGGUCGUAUCUGUCUGUUCUGAACGCUUUUAAGGGAAAGGAAAUUCACAAUAUUAUAAUUGAUACUAAUUCGGACGGAAUUUCGGUUUUAUUAAAAAAUAUAUUACAGCAGCAAAUGAAUGAAUACAAAUACCAUUAUUUGUUUACCAGUUUUGACUUGGAAAUGUAUGAUCUGGAAGAUUUUAAAUAUAAUUUUGUAAACAUUACAUCAUUUCGAUUGGUCGACAUAGAAGAUGUUGGCGUAAAGCAGAUUUUAAAGGGUCUCCGAUCUUUUCAGCACCAUAUGUUUCAAAAGCCACAAAAUCUACAUGUCAGAAAAUCUAUUUCCAUUGAGUCAGAGCCUGCCUUAAUGUUCGAUUCUGUGUACGUUUUUGCUAUUGGAUUACAAACAUUGAAACAAUCACAUACUUUAAACCUGUCUAAAAUAUCAUGCGACGAGGAAAAUCCAUGGAAUGGGGGUCUGAGCCUAAUUAAUUAUUUAAAUGCGGUUGAAUGGAAAGGUCUGACAGGUCCCAUUCAAUUUAAAGAGGGCCAGCGAGUACAAUUUAAGUUGGACUUAAUAAAACUGAAACAACAUUCCAUUAUAAAAGUUGGUGAAUGGACACCUCAUGGACAUUUAAACAUUACAGAACCAUCGAUGUUCUUUGAUACUGGUUUUAUGAAUGUGACACUGGUAGUCAUAACAAUACUGGAAACUCCUUACGUAAUGAUGCAUUACGGUAAAAAUUUUACGGGCAACGAACGAUUUUAUGGGUUUUGCGUUGAUAUACUUGAAACCAUUUCUCAUGAGGUUGGGUUUGAUUAUAUAUUGGAUUUGGUUCCCGAUAGAAAAUAUGGGGCCAAAGAUCCUGAAACUGGUGAAUGGAAUGGAAUGGUCGCUCAGCUGAUGAAAAAUAAGGCGGAUUUAGCCGUUGGUUCUAUGACUAUCACAUAUGCAAGAGAGAGUGUAAUCGAUUUCACUAAACCAUUUAUGAAUUUGGGAAUAAGUAUUUUAUUUAAGGUCCCAGCUUCAGAGCCGACAAGAUUAUUUUCCUUUAUGAAUCCGUUGGCAAUAGAAAUUUGGAUAUAUGUGCUUAUUGCAUAUUUCCUUGUAUCUAUUUCUAUAUAUGUUGUUGGUAAACUAUCGCCCAACGAGUGGAAGUAUAUCCACCCCUGCAAUUUAGAUAUUAUUUCAAUUGGCAACCAGUUUUCUCUAUCUGAUAGUUUUUGGUUUACUAUUGGAACUCUAAUGCAACAGUCUACCGAUAUUUAUCCCAGAGCAAUGUCAACACGAAUAAUAAGCAGUAUUUGGGGUUUUUUUUCGUUAAUUAUUGUGGCGUCUUACACUGCUAAUUUAGCUGCUUUUCUAACCACUGAACGUAUGAUUAACCCUAUUGAAAACGCAGAAGAUUUGGCUUCACAGACAGAAAUAUCUUAUGGCACUUUGGAUAGCGGUUCUACGAUGACUUUUUUUCGGGAUUCGAUGAUUGAAACAUACAAAAAAAUGUGGAGGAGCAUGGACAAUAAAAGAUCAACUGCAUUUACGACAACAUAUGAGGAUGGUAUAAGGCGAGUUAAUCAGGGUAAUUAUGCAUUUUUGAUGGAAUCCACAAUGCUUGAUUAUAUCGUGCAGAGAGAUUGUAAUUUGACACAAAUCGGAGGAUUGCUGGAUACGAAAGGUAUAAAUGAUACAUUUUUAGAAGAUGUAUAUGUAUUUGGAUAACACAAUUUAAUUUAAUUUAUUAAAAGUCAAUCAUUCAACUUAAUGGCUAUAAUAUAUAUAUAAUAUGGCUAUAUAUAUAUAUAAUAUUCAUGACUAAUAAUGUACAAAUAACAUAAACACAUAAUAGGAAGGUUUGUAACGAGAGAUCAAAAAUAUGUUAAUUACUCUUGAUAUCUACGAUCGAUACCUCUCUUUUCGCGCAAUAUCAUCUAUCAAAACAAAAGCUUGUAAUACCCAGAUUUCAGAUUGCCACAGAAAAAUGAGCUCGUUGAUACAUCGGUAACUAUAGAUGAUAUAAUUGGAAUCAAGCAUGUUUUUUUAUGACCCCAAUGCGUAUUAUUUUUUCCCCAUCUGGCCACAAUCUUAGGAUCAGGCAUACAUAUUUUUAAGAUGCCACCGCAGCUCGACGUGGUAUUUUCAUCCGGUCCCUCCCACUAUAAGAGCUAGUUAUGCUUAGGCAUACGUAUUCUAGAGAUGCCAUUGCAGCUCGACGUGAUUUUUGAUCCGGCCAGGGCUAAUUUAAGGCCAACAAACCGUAAACCGAAAACUGUGGAGCUCAUAAUAUUAAUCGUUAUGUUUUUUUUUGAACUUGUACAAUACUUCUGGGUAGUAUCUAUCGAUUUACCAAAGAUUUUUCAAAUCGGAAUAUUAUUUCACUAUUAUAAAGGACAUUGACGUGAACGAAAAAUGUUUAUAUGGGCUAGAAUAAAUUUGCACGGCGUCAAAUUCCCGUAGCAGAAUUAAUAUAUUUGAAAGUUGCUUAGCACUCACGUCUUUAGAGUUUAUUUUUGUUUUACUUUGCGUCUACAGUUUUAUACAUUAUAUAAAUGCAUAAUAAAUCAAAUUUAAUCAAUCAACCAUAUCUAAAAUUAAAAUUUUAAAGGAUAUGGCAUAGCAACACCAAAAGGUUCCCCUUGGCGGGAUAAAAUUUCUUUGGCUAUACUUGAACUUCAGGAAAAGGG